GCGACUAGCCAAGGUGGCUCCAGGCGGGGCCGGGCUAGCCCGCGGCGUUGUUUCCCCUGGCAAGAAGCGCUGCUUCCCGGCCCGCUGCGCUUUGUGUGCGCGCAAGCGGGAGUGACUCGGCGACAAAGGUGUGAGCUCAGAGCGGGCUGCAAGUGACGGGGAAGGCGGCGGCGGCGGCGGCGGCGGCACCAACAGCACUAUGAGCGGGGUUGGGGCGGCGGCCAGCGUCGCUGCCGCUUCUAUUCUGGUCGGGAAAAGCGAGAAACUGGAUGAGGCUCAAGCGUUGGCCCGCAGCUGCGCUGGAAGACCCGACUUUCAGCCUUGUGAUGGGUUGUCGCUGUGCACCACACACAGUCACGGCCGCUGCUUUCGCCUGCACUGGUGCUGCCAUCUGGGCUGGUGCCAUUGUAAAUAUGUUUAUCAGCCUAUGACUCCAGUAGAACAGCUUCCAAGUACUGAAAUACCUGUUCGGCCUCGAGGAACCAUAAACACUAUCCAGAUAGCUGUCUCUCUCACGGAACACUUUUUGAAGUUUGCACCUGUCUUCCAAGCACCAUUACCACCAGACUCCCCACGGUUUUGCACAAUUUCAGACCUCUUUAUUGACAAUUACCGUGUGAAAUGCAUCAAUGGGAAGAUGUGUUAUGUGCAGAGGCAACCUCCUGCUCUCUCCUAUAAAAUGAAGCCUCAGGAGGUCCCCACGCGCAAUGCCUUAAUUUUGAGAGAGAAUAAUACACCAAAAAUAGAUCAUUGCUCAUCCCCUUCCAGCUCUGAGGAUUCUGGGAUCAAUGCUGUUGGGGCUCAUUAUAUAGAGUCAUGUGAUGAAGACACAGAAGAAGGAGCAGAGCUAAGUUCAGAAGAGGAUUAUAGUCCAGACAGUAGCUGGGAGCCAGAUGAGUGUCCCCUUCUAUCACCCUCACAGUGUGAACUAGAAGUAAUUGAAACCAUAGAAACCACAGUGUGAAAUUUUGAGCUGGAAGCUAGCUAGGCAUAUUAAAAUAAUACUGGUUUUCUAACAUUUAUACUGGCAUUUUUGACAGGUCCUUUUUUGCAGUGUACUUGAUAUCCCUCAAGGAAUGCCAUGACAAUAUUUAACCAUAUGUGAAUUACUUCCUUGAUACUCAUUGUACCAAUGAAUUUCCAGGAGCCCUGCUGUAUAGCUUAAAAGAUACCAUCUUUAGUUACAGACUAGCCCUCAUCUUGAUGAAGAACAGAUAAAUUGCAAUGGUCAGGCUAUCUUGUAAACCAGUGAUUUUCAGACUUUGGUCCCACCAGUUACUUUAGCACAGAACCUGGAUCCCAACACGUAGAAACACACACUUUUCCCCAAGAAGGACAUUUGUGUGUUUUCAGGCAUUCUUUUAUUAUCAAUCAAUCCAAUUUUAUUACGGUCAUAGACCACAUAACCGUUACUAUAUUGUGUAUGGAAAGUCUGGGGAUUAAGAGUAUCAGUGGCUUACCUUAUGUCCUACGUAGGUAUCUUUUCAGGUAGCCUAUGGUAUACACACCACUGAUUGAGAACCACUCUUUGUAGCUCAUCAUCCUAUUUUGAAAUAAGCAGUUGGUUUGGGAUUUCUCAUUUGGAAUAAGGAUUUAGUCUUUUGUGCACUUGCUAAAUAUCAAUAGGAGGUUAGCCAUACCUUUGAUGAGCAGAGCUAAAUCCAUGAGCAAAUAUCCUUUAUUUAUGUGUAUUAUUUUAUGUGGGAGACAAGAAGCCAUGGCUCUCCUCACAAGCUCUGAUGUUAGGUACAUCUUUCUAAAUGACCUGCACACGCUAACCGUUUUUGCCAGCUAUGGAGUAACUCAGGAGAUUCCCAGAAUAAGCACAAUACUCAGCCAACACAACUGAAAGUUUCUACAAUAAGGAAAUCUCAAAGAGGCUUGAAUUAAAAUCAUUCAAGGGAUACAUUAUUACACUGCCAACUAACCAUAUUCCAUUGAUAUUUAAUCUGACUCUAAAUGCUUACUUUCUGUAUUAAAACAGAGGACAAGCUGGAUUUUGUUAUAAAAACAAAGCAUACAUGAAAGAGCUACUCAUCUGAAAUAGGUAUACAGUGAUUGCAAUUUCAGUGUAUAUUCACAUAGUGAAAAUUGGGAUUAUUUUUCAGAUCAGCCAAAUAUUUUUGCCGGUCUGGGUUUGUAUAGAAAGAAAGAAAGAGGGAGGGAGGGAGGAAGGAAGGAAGGUUAAGUCCUUGCCUUCUGCUCCCAGCGAAGGGCAGCCAUAAGCCUGUGAUGUUUAGGAAAAUCAGGAAAACUAAUCAGGACAUGUAACAGUAUCUGCGUCAAAUGAUUAAUACAGCCUUUUUUUUGCUAUGGAUAUGUUCAAUUCAUGCACAUCCAAAUUGAAAAAUAAGUGUAAAUGGUAUAUGAAUUCACUUAAGAAAGUAUUUCCGUAUAGAACUAGGGCAAUAGAGUUUAAUCGUUCCAUUUAUUGAUCUGUAAAUUUGGUGACUCGGGAUAUACAUUUAGUACUGGGUCUAUACUAUUAUCUAUUUAAAUGAUCCACUUGUGCACAGUAGGUUUGAGUGUAGCUAGUUGAAAAAGAAGGUGUCAUUGUAGUUUUAGCCUCUGACAUACAGUAUUUGGAUUUAAAGAAACAAUCUGGAAAAAAAAAAGCAGCCAAUUGUUUUUUUCCAGCUUUGCUUAAUAAUUGUUUAUGUUAAUCAGUAUAAAACUGUGAAAAGUGUAUAGUGGAAAGAUAGAUCUUUAUACCCCUGAUGUAUUUGUGUCUUCAUUUUAAGUUGUACACAAUAUGGUUAUCCUGUGGGGAAAGGUGCCCUGCUAAUCGGUUUAAGCAUUAUGGCCCUUGGAGUUGUAAAUGUGCAUUUUUUUCAAUAUUUUAGAAUAAGAAUUUCAAAUACACUUAAAUAGUCAUGUACCAGUGGAUGACAAUGUUUUCCCUCCUAACCUUUUUGCAUUUGCCCAUGUGGUACAUAAUUGAAAACUUUUCCUGUAACAUUAGGGCAUCUACUAAUAAAUAUAGCCCUAUUUUAUAAAGGUUUGGUUAACUCACUUUCCAUAAGUUUAGCUAAGAAUGAUAACAUAUAAAUAUGUACAGUUGUAGCUCUCAGUAUUAGAUUAUCUUAUGCUGUGUUGUUGAAUGCUGCUCUUUAUAUACAAUCUUGACACAUAACUAAUAACUAAUUUUUAUACAUACACUCUGACAUAGGCACUUUUAGAAAAUAUUUAGAUUGCAGUGUAUUAUGAAUGACUAUAAAACUAAUAUUGUACUUUAAAAUAUACAAAUAUUACCCUACGGAGUAAAACAAACUAUUUAUCCAGAUAUGUAAUACUAAAAUGCAUUUCUUGCCCCCCCCACCCCAAAAAAAGAAAGAAGAAACACAGUUCUAGCCAUCGUAACAGGUCAAUCCUUUCUUAGUAUUUCUGAAAAAUUACAGCGUUCUUCUAAUUUUUAAAGGGAACGCUGUUUCAUUACAGAAUUUCAUUGAAGUGUUAUCUUGGGAUUCUUAAAGAUUUUCUCAGGUGAUGUUAAGCAUUCUUAUGGCUUUUAUAGAAGAAACUGCAUAAAAUAAGAUUAUUUUACUCAGAUUAUUUGGAACUGGGGAUUUAAAAUACAGCUUGUUUGGUUGUGUUAGUUUGUAACUGACAUUCUCAUGUGUAAAAAAAAGGAAGAAUUGGGAAUUUUGGCAAUCCCAGAGAGGUCUACAGAGGAAUUGGAAAUUAAAUCUGAGAGCAGAAACAGGGAAGGUUUUGAGGGUACACUUUAACUAUGUUUAUUAUGUGAUACUGUCACUAUUUUUGCAGGGCAGAAGGCACAAUGAUCUAACCAGGCUAAGAUUAGGUGGAUGUAUUCUGAAGUGAGAAAUGAGAGCUGGAGAAAAUCAGUGCAGACUUACAUGAGGCUUUCUUGAUCAAACUAUUAAUUAGCAAUAGCUGCAUACAAUGUUAAUCUCUUAAAAUUACUCUGUUUCAAAAUCUUAAGCACAACAGUCAAAGUUGUCUUGUACCUGGCUUCUCUGGAGAUUUCAUCGGUGUAAGCCAUGCAGGAUUUGGUUGGCUGAUUUAGCACAUAAAUACUGUGUCUCAAACUACUCUCAAGAGCACAUCAUUGUUUCAUGUAAACUUCUCACAAAAUAAUAAAUGUGAAGAUUGUUUUUACACAA